AUGUCUACAAUACACGUCCUGGAAAACGUGCCCGUUCACCUCCCCGCGGGUUUGAGCAAGGAGCAGUUGUUGUCCUUUAGACCAUUCGACUCGCUGACAACCUGGCAGCAAUGGACAGAGACUCUCAACAAGUCGCUCACCCGGCAAUCCGGCCCAGGCCACCCCUUCCACAGGGACCCGUACAGUCUGCGCUCCAUCACCGUCCAGUCCUUUGAUCUCUGGGACAAUGGACGCAUCGGCUUCAUGAAGGUGUCCGCAUCGGUGCGCAACUCUGCCGGCGAGAAGCUGCCGGCCAGCGCGUUCCUCCGCGGGCCCAGCGUCGCCAUGCUGGUGAUGCUCAUACCGGACGACGUUGCGCCAGACUCGGACGAGCGCUACGUCGUGCUCACGGUGCAGCCGCGCGUGCCGGCGGGCAGCUUGAGCUUCGUCGAGCUCCCCGCCGGCAUGGUCGACGACGCGGGGAGCUUCAAGGGCGCCGCGGCAAAGGAGAUUGAGGAAGAGCUGGGCAUCACCAUCCACGAGAACGACCUGGUGUGUCUCAACGACUUGGCGGCAGAGGCGGCGGGUCAGAACAAGGACGACGACGAGGAGCAUCUUCCCACGGCCAUGUUCCCCAGCGCGGGCGGCUGUGACGAGCACAUCACGAUAUUCAGCUGCGAGCGGAGGAUUCCCCGAUCGCAGCUGAGCGAGUGGAACGGGCGGCUGACGGGGCUGCGAUCAGAGGGGGAGAAGAUCACGCUGAAGCUUGUUCCCAUGAAGGAUCUUUGGAAGGAAGGCGCUCGGGAUGCAAAGUGUCUGGGUGCGCUGGCUCUAUGGGAGGCACUGGAGCGAGAGAAGAAGCUGAAACACACAAAGCAGUAG